AAUGGUGACGUUGUAAACAAGCGAGCUCCAGUACAUCUCUAUAGCAACAAAGGGCACAUUCCAUGGUGUCGCUUCCCCGGACUUAAUGCAGCCAUAUUGAAUGCCGCACCACAGGAAAACUAUCGCUCAAGAAAACGUUGUAAAAAUGGAUUUUAUGCCCGAAAUGCAACGCUAAUUCAUACUUUCUUUUAAGAGGAACGAAAUGGUUGACUCGAUGGUGGACGCAAUUGCAAGAAAGCCUAAUUUACAGGCGUCGAGGACGCGAUCUUUAACGCAGGGAGACACAGCUACCACGGCGCUCUACCCACACCAUGGACAUGGCUCGCACGUCGAGCUGCCCCCGAUCAAGAGCCACACAAUCGGGGCGGUGAAGAAAACCAACGAAAAUGUCCCCACCGGUUUGCAAGUUACGCAGCUCUUUGAAACGGACGAUAACCACAAUUUUAAAAGGCAAGUGCAAAAUAAAGUGAUAGCGAAUGGUCAUUUAUCACAUGAUGCAAAUGCUUUGCCAGAUGUUAAACGUCCAGCAAGUGAUGGAUCGAAAAAUGGAUCUGCGAAAGGGAGAGCUUUGCCGAUGACACCAGAAGAAAGCAUGAAAUUAUACAUGCACAAACUCACUUCAUAUGAACACCAUGAAAUAUUCAACUAUCCUCAUAUAUACUUUACUGGACCAAAUGCAAAGAAACGACAAGGUGUGAUAGGUGGAGCGAGCAAUUGUGGAUAUGACGAUGAUCAAGGAUCCUACAUUCAUGUUCAACAUGAUCAUGUCGCGUAUCGAUACGAAGUGUUGAAAAUCCUCGGAAAAGGUAGCUUUGGACAAGUCGUGAAAGUGUAUGAUCACAAAACAAAUCAGCAUAUUGCUGUGAAAAUGGUGCGUAACGAAAAACGCUUCCAUCGUCAGGCCCAGGAAGAAAUUCGAAUCUUAGAACACUUGCGUAAACAAGACAAAGACAAUAACAUGAAUCUCAUUCACAUGUUUGAGAGCUUCUCAUUCCGUAAUCACAUAUGCAUCACAUUUGAACUUCUAAGCAUGAACCUGUAUGAACUCAUUAAGAAAAAUAAGUUCCAGGGUUUCAGUCUGCAACUUGUCAGGAAGUUUGCUCAUUCGCUUCUUCAGUGCCUGGAAGGACUUCACCGAAACAAGAUCAUUCAUUGUGAUCUUAAGCCUGAGAACAUCCUCCUCAAGCAGCAGGGAAGGAGUGGAAUCAAAGUGAUUGAUUUUGGUUCCAGCUGCUAUGAGCAUCAACGAAUUUACACGUACAUCCAGAGCCGUUUCUACAGAGCACCGGAGGUGAUCCUCGGAGGAAAGUAUGGCAUGCCCAUCGACAUGUGGAGCUUAGGCUGCAUCUUGGCCGAGCUUCUCACAGGUUACCCACUGCUGCCUGGUGAAGAUGAGGGUGAUCAGUUAGCCUGCAUGAUUGAAGUCAUGGGCAUGCCCUCCCAAAAUCUCAUUGACACUUCCAAGAGAUCUAAGAACUUCAUCAACUCCAAAGGCCAGCCACGUUACUGUACGGUGACGACACUUCCCGAUGGAACAACGGUACUCAACGGAGGGCGAUCUCGCAGAGGGAAGGUACGUGGUCCACCAGGGAGCAAGGAUCUUGUGAAAGCACUGAAAGGGUGUGAUGACCCGCUCUUCCUGGAUUUCCUGAAGCGGUGUCUCGAAUGGGAUCCAUCAAGUCGUAUGACUCCAAGUCAAGCCCUCCGCCACUCCUGGCUUCGUCGCCGUCUACCAAAGCCACCUGCAGAUGGACAUGCAAACACCACCUCAGCCAAGAAUAAGCGUCAUGGCUCAUCUGCAGUGUCUAAGCUUCCUCCCACUGGUGCAGCUGGUAAAGACAGGCAAGAUGUAUCGCAGCGAACCGUUCUACCAAAAAUAGUAACUUAGUCUUAAACAUGUCCUGCCUGCAGAAGCUGUAGCGGUGAUUCUUCAGCUGUCUGAUAUGAAGAAAUGGAACAACUUGCUUAGGAAGGAAAUGAGCAAGUCAAAUACUAUCCAUAACUUGCUGUGUGUGUUGCCUCAGUGCCACAAAUGGUUUACAGUGUCAUGAUAGGAGUUACAUUUAUGCAUCUGAUCCUUGCAGAUUGUAUUGAAUUUGAUGCCUUACAUGUAUCUCAAUAUGAGCUUUUACAAAUGUAGUUGAACUACCUUUUGUCAGCACAUAAUACAUGUAGUUCUCAAAUGAUUUAUUAUUGCUAAGUGAUAGAAUUGGUGCCAAAAUCAAUAGUGUUUAUGAGGUUUUUGGGGGGAGGAAAUCUAUAAAACUCCAAUGAAGCAUUCAAAACCAAACUGCAUUACCUCUUACCAAAAACAAAAUGUGUAGUUUGAUGAUUGUGCAGAGAUGGUAUAGUAUGUCUGUAUGUUAAAUUGGGUAUACACAUACAUUCCAUGUAUUCCAUGUUGAUUUUGCUUUAUAAAUGUCUUACGAUGUGCAAAAUUACACUUUUACAUGAAGCUGCAAAAACUUCAAGAUGGAUUAAAGCAUUCAAAGAGUUUCCGUCCAUGUUAUUGAUUGAACUGUAUGUAAGCUAUUAAACAUACAUGUGAAUCAGCUUUUGAGCUGUGGAUAUAAAUGUUGACACAAUUCACAAACAUUUCUCUUUCUCUAAAAUGGUCUUCUAGCUGUAAUGGUUGCUGUGCAGUGAAAUGUGAAAAAGCUCCGCCCAAAUGACUGUAUUUGAAUUCCAAUUUCAACAAAAAUUGUCUGUGCUUUCCUUCAAAUUUCACUAAUGUGCGUUGUUGAAGUGUAAUCGCCACAACAUACAUGUAGUUUUUUAACUUAACCCAAGACUUUCUUUGGUGAACAGUUUACUUGAUUGCUUCUUUACAUUAUGGGGUGUAUCAAACUAUAUUUGAUUCAUGGCUUGUAAACUAGCCAAGGUUGUCUAUACUCACAAUGCCAAUUGAUACUCCGUCUGUGCAUUGAAUGUCAAGCCUCUGAACAAUGUCUGUUUGAUUGCACUUCUCUGCAUCAAUGCAUUUCUAAGCAAAUAGAGAUGAAAGAAAGGAAUAUCAGAAGUGAUUCACUAUUCAUAAAGAUAUGGUUCAGUGUGUUUGUUUUCUCUCAUUGACCCGUUAUCCACCGUGUUUUGAAUUGAUUUACUCACACAUUCAAAUUGAAUAAAUAUAAUGACUCAUGAAUGUUGAAAAAUUAGUACAAUUUUCUUUCCUGUUUGAGGGAAAGACGGGUUGCAUAAAUAGAAAAAUACAAUGCAAUGACAAGUACCAGAAAUGUUGAGAGUAUCCUAUAUAUAUUUAAUACAAAACUAGAUCAAUGUGUGAUAUCGAACCUUGUACUUCUGGAGUUAUGAAUGACAAUGCAAGAGUUUUACUAGGGAAUCAAUAAUUUGAGUUUCUGAGACAAUUGGCCAUAUUAGGCAAUGUAACAUACAAGUAUUAAUAUGGGACUUCCCCUUGUGCCCCAGUGCAAGACAAUGCGUUUUUCCCUCUUUCCACCAAUUUCAGGAAGAGAAUCAGUGUCAUUGUGUAUAAAUGCCUGUCCGCCUGCAGUGCCUGCCUGGCGUUUGUUAGUAUAGGGAAUGGCAUAUGUUACAGUAUGUGUAGUGUACAAAGAUUCCUAGUUGUGAGGCUUAGAAGGUGUGAUGCAAGUUUCAUGUGCCAAGUUGAUCUUGGCUUGCACAACAUGUACAUGAUAUUGGCAGUCACAAAGCUAGAAUAAUGUAGUGUGUAGCUACAUGUACUAGCUAGACGGCACAUGCCAUGUAAUGUGUCUUUUUUGUGAGAGAAAUUAAACUACAUUUGGUACUGGCACAAGGGCAUUUUGAAAUACACAGGCCUACAUGCAUAAUACACUGUUUAUAUCCAUGAUUUAGCUCAUGUUAUCUGUACAAUGACAGUUAGGAGUAGCUAAUUGUAUACUGGUACUUGUGAUUGAGUCAAAUCUGAUUUUUCUGUUAGUGGAUUAGUCAUUGUUUGAAGAUUGCCACUACCGUGUUUUAAAUGUCAUUUGUGUACAAAUCCAUGGGUGGAUUUAUAGUCUUGUCUUAUAGUAUAAUCAGAGUUGCACUGGUGAUAAAUUACCCUCAUUAAUAAUGACCUUAGUACUAUAUGAUUAUAAUGAAAACUAUGUGGCCCACAUCAAUACAAUUGCCAUGACUGCAUAUUACAUCAUCUGCCUAGAAAUUCAUUUCCAUUCCCCAUAGCCAACACACGUAUUGUGUGCAGUCCUAUUGUGUAGCCCGUCUGCCUGCC